UGGGCCGGGAUGGAGGCCCAUUUAGAGAAUUGAAAGCCCAAAAUAAAAACAAAACAUUACAUCAGUCAGAAAAAGCAAUCGCAGAAACAGAAAUCAAAAAUCCGAUGGGGAGGAAGAAGGGAUUGCCGGAGUUCGAAGAGUCGCCGCCGGAUGGAUUCGAUCCGGAGAAUCCGUACAAGGAUCCGGUUGCGAUGGUGGAGAGGAGAGAACACAUUGUUCGUGAGAAAUGGAUCCAAAUCGAGAAGGCUAAGAUCUUGCGCGAGAAGGUCAAAUGGUGUUACCGCGUCGAAGGCGUUAACCAUUACCAGAAGUGUCGUCAUCUUGUUCAGCAGUAUCUUGACGCCACUCGCGGCGUCGGUUGGGGCAAAGACCACCGUCCUAUCUCUCUCCACGGUCCUAAGCCAGUAGCUGUUGAAGAAGCUGAAUAAAUGUUGUGUGCGUGACUGAUCUUAGGUGAGUGAAUUACCAGACAUGAAUGGAGUCUCUGAUGCAAGUUAAUGCUCCACAUCAAGGUUGUUACUUGAUUUAUGCUUUUCUGUUUUCGUAAUACAUAUUUUACUAAUUGGACUUAGGACUUCCAAUUAGUUAAGCUCAGCUUCGGUUUUUCAAAUAAUUUAUAUCCUUUUUGGCUUGUUGUACAUUGAGUCCCUGUUUCUCGAAAUAAUGAAGUACCUUUUUACUAAGCACAA